GUUGCCAACAAACUACACAAAGUGUCCCACUAGAUUUAAUAUGCGGUUGGACAUUUGGAUCACCGAUGUAAAGGUUUAUUUUAACCGUUGAGCCUAUUUCUGGUUGGUCCAUUUCCAGCUUGCGCUCAUCGCUGACAUGACCGCUGAGACCAGCUAUACUGCUAACAUUGGCGAAUGGUACCCCAAUACCCCGGCCGAACGAGCUGUAAACGUGGUUGUACUGUUAAUCAACGCAGUCUGCGUCGUCGGGAAUGUAUUUUUAUGGUGUGUAUGGUAUCAUGAUCGAACUCUGCGUACUAGCAUCAAGAGUUUGUUGAUCUUGAAUAUAUCCUUUUUUGACUUGGCUUGGGCAAUUUUUCAAGUCAUCCUCAAGAGUUGGAAUGUAUAUCAUGGUGCUUGGGCAAGCGGAGUGUGGAGUUGCCAAGCCAACUCCAUGAUGAACAACAUCUGCCAAGCUGUCUCGAUGCAGACGCUGAUGCUCGUUUCAUUAGAUAGAUGGAUGAGUAUUGUCAAAGAGCGCUCGUCAAAACCAGCGGACACGUAUAUAAUGAUCAUAAACAGCUGGAUUGUUGCAAUUGUAUUUACAAUCCUCAACGUGCUCGCAUCGGGCAACAGACCCAUCCUAGCCGCCAGUCAUACGUAUUGCGACCCCGAUUGGAUGGCACCCAAGUGGGGCCAAAAGGCGAUGGGAUAUUUCACCAUCGUAUGUUACGUGUCUUUUGUCCUCAUCAUGAGUUUCUGCUACCUGUCCAUAUUUCGCAAAUUCCGCCAAAGCGUUGCUGGGCUGAGAGAUAUGAAGACGCACCUCUCCAGCACCGGGGCACGAUCAACGCUGAAGAGCGAUAUCAUGGAUUCUGCAACAAGUGCUGGCACCGCGGACGCUGUUGGCAGCAACACAGCUGGGGGACCGUUGCCAAAAGAUUUACUACUGAAAGCAGGCACCGAAGAGGCACUUGUUAUGUCCAAGUCAACUUUGAACCGGAGUGCGGGCCCCGAGGAAAGAGCGCUGAUUCGUAAAUUCGCCAUUCUCGUGACCACCUUUGCACUCACUUGGGGACUCUGGGUGUUCCUAAUUUUGAUCCCAGAGACGGUGACGAAUCGCAUGUCCUCUCAAGUGCCGGAUAUGUUGGCGGCCGUUGGGUUCCCUGUCAAUGCGGCCGCAACGCCGUUCUUGUUUAUUCUUCUUGAUAGCAGAUUUAAGUCUGCCGCAAAGAGCUUGCUCAGAUGGAGUUGAUCUGUUCUUACAGGUGUUGAUGUUCGUUUGUUUUGCUUUGGAAAUACCGUCAUUGUCGAUGCUGAUUGACGUUCGGAGCGUACUGGAAAUAAUUGAAAUAGAUAUUACAAUAAAUAGACCCUCG